UCCUUUUCCCCUUUCCCUUUCUUCCUGCAGUUGCCCUUCAUACAGAGAGAGAGAGAGAGAGAGAGAGAGAGAGAGAGAGAGAACGGAGAAAAAAAUUGGUUUCGAAUGAUGGAUCUGUGGUGCGUGCAUGCGAAAAGCAAUCGCUUUAUGCUCAGAAAUUCCUUCUCCGAGAAACCUAUUUACUGGAGUUCCAGAAAUCAAUCGAUGUCUUUGGAAUUUAGGGUUUCCAAGGCGGAAUCGCUACCGACUCAGACUCACUGUAGGUAUCGAUCGCUUUUAAUUGAAGCUGUGUCGAAGAAGAAUCCUGGAAAUUCAAGUGGUUCUGAUUCCAAUUCCUCCUCUUCUAAUUCUGGGAACAAUGAUCGUCUGAAAGGCAACAAUCCCCCCCCUGGAAGCAACAAAUCUGGCGAUCCCAGCCCACAGAAAUCUCAGCGUAAACCAUUAGAUUGGAGAGAGUUUAGAGCAUCUCUCUACAUCCAGGAGCAGGCUGAAGAUGCAGAAGCUACUCACAACCAAGAUAGAGCAUCACCCGCAUCAAAAUCUCUGCCCCUCAAGUGGGCCCAUCCUAUUUCAGCACCCGAGAAUGGGUGUCUCCUUAUUGCUACAGAAAAACUUGAUGGAGUUCGCACUUUUGAAAGGACCGUGGUUCUUCUCCUCCGAUCCGGAACAAAGAACCCACAAGAGGGGCCAUUUGGGGUUGUUGUGAAUCGACCCCUUCACAAAAAGAUGAAGCAUAUGAACCCCACCAAUAUCGAGUUAGCAACUACAUUUGCCGACUGUUCUCUGCAUUUUGGUGGACCCCUUGAUGCUAGUAUGUUUUUGCUAAGAGCUGAGGGAACUACUGGACUUCCCGGUUUUGAGGAAGUCAUUCCUGGUGUAUAUUUUGGGUCAAGAAACAGUUUGGACGAAGCUUCAGCUUUGGUGAAGAAUGGGAUACUUAGGCCUAAAGACUUCAGAUUCUUUAUGGGAUACGCUGGAUGGCAGCUGGACCAACUGAUCGAUGAAAUUGAAUCUGAUUACUGGUAUGUUGCUGCAUGUAGUGCAAACUUAAUCGCUGGGCUUUCACAGAAUUCUUCCUCUGAAGACUUGUGGGAAGAGAUUCUGCAACUAAUGGGAGGUCACUACUCGGAAUUGAGCCGCAAGCCUAAGCAAGAUAUCUAGUUCUUCUCGAGCUACUUCGGCAUGAAAUCAAGGUAAUCCAUUGAUGAGGAGUUUGAUCCCAAAAUGUACAGUAUUGAGACUUAGGAGUCAUAAAUAUGUAGAAUAUAUUUUCUUCUCUUCCCGUGUUUCUAAAUAAAUAACGCUGCUAUUUAUGCAUGUAAGCAAUUAUUGUUCUGAUGUACUGAAUAAUGACCUUUAUUUUCGAAAUUUGAUUUUAAGUUGCAGCUA